AUGCUUCCCCGCCCAUCCCCCAUCCACCUCCUCAAACGGCAUCUCGCCACCGCCGCGCCCUCCACCCCGCACGUCGGCAUCCUCCUCAAACGCAACCCCAUAAUCCUCCGCACCCUCAGCGAAUUCGAGCACGCCUACCUCGCCUACCGUGACAGUCUGGAGCACUCCGAAUCCCGGCCAUUCGACCCUUCCUUCUAUUUCAAAAAGGGGAGCACGGCCGAGAAGCGGUGGGUGGAUGCCCAGGAGCAACAGGCGGAGACGGUGACAGUGGAGGAGGGUGAGAAGAUCCCGCUCGUGCAGCCCCGCGACGAGUUAUCGACAGACGAGAUUGCGCCCCGGCGGACGAAAGCGGAUGAAGUACGGGAUAUGAAAUCGUUGGACAGGGCGUUGGAAAGGACGUUGUACCUUGUGGUGAAGCGGAAGGAUGGCGGGUGGAGAUUUCCGGCGGGGAAGUUGGAGGGGCAGGAGGUUUUGAGUGAGGGUGCGGCGAGGCAUUUGCGGACCGAGGUUGGGAAGGAUUUGGAGACGUGGGUGGUCGGGAACACGCCUGUCGGGGUUUGGAAGGGGGAUAAGGAGAAGGUUUUCUACAUGAAAGCUCACAUCCUAUCCGGCAAGAUAUCCGCGAAUCCAAAACUUGUCGAGGACCACGCAUGGGCCACCAAGCAGGAGCUGAAGGAGUACCUCUCCCCCGACUAUUACCAAUCGGUGCAGCGGAUGCUAGCCGAGCUAUGA